AUGCAAAGCCCCAGCAAACUGCCUGACACCCUUGUCUGUGAAUCCGUUGCUGUGUCUGGACUCCAAGGUUGGGCAGACCUCCCAGAUGGCCUGCUUCAGUCCAUAAUUGCUUUGUCUGGAUCAUUCAUCGACCUUCUUGCAUUUGCUGGCACAUGCCGCUCUUGGCGUGUUGCAUUCUCAUCGUACCCAUCCAAAUCAAGCAUUCGCACUAUGUUACCACCUCUCCUCAUCCGCCCCAAUGUUCGUGUCAAAGCUCCUCAUCUCCCUUCUAACAAUGGUCAUCGCAAGCUACGCAUUUGCCAGGUCAUAGAUCUAUCUAAGCAAAACACCACCUUUCGCUGCCAGAUUCCUAAAGAAACUUUGCAGAUGAUGCAUUUUGCUGGCUGUUCCUAUGGUCAUCUGAUCUGUUGCCGGCGUCGUUAUUGUGUUGUUGUUGAUGUGUUCAGUGGUGCAGAGGUUUCACCUCCACGUCUCCCAUCCAGCAAUGACUGUGAAGAGUUCUACUAUAGUGGCACUUUGACAGCUCCCCUUGCAUCACCCAAAUCGCAUCUCCUCAUCAGUACUCAGAUAUCCCUAUUUGAUUGGCCAGUUGGCAGUGACACUUGGUUUGAACUCCAACUUGAUGAUGCACGUAUAGAACAAAUUGUGGAAUUCAAUGGUAAGUUCAUUGCGAUGGAUUAUCAUUAUAGGAUCUACACUUUGCAGCUGGCUCCCCGGCUUGGUUUGCAGGAGAUAAAAACUGAGUGGUGGGACGGCAUGGCUGAAUGCCCAUAUUUAAGACCAUGGCUAGUGGUCUGUGGUGACAUGCUUCUAAUUGUUGAUCAUUGCAUCAACUUAUCAUAUGGAGCACCAGUGACCUAUAGACCCUACCGCCUCGAUAUGACUACAAAGCUGGCAAAAUGGGUGGAGGUGAAGAAGCUGGACAGCUGGGCACUCUUUGUUGGUGGUGAUGUGAGGAGCACGCCGUUUUCUUGCAUGAAUCCAGAACUAUGGGGAGGGAAGAGGAACUGCUUGUACUAUGCCCAUUACUCUCAACCUAUGAGCAUACAUGGGUUUGGUGACCAGGCAGAUGUGGUGUGGGAUCGAUCAACCGAUCCUGACCUUCUGUACAAAAGGAACUGGUACCGCCAGCUGCAGGCCCUCUGGGUGUAUCCAAGCAUGUUCUACUCAGAUGACGAGUGACUGUCCUAUGCAUUUGCAGUUUCUGCUCUAACAUUUUCUUUGUAAAAUUUCCACCUCCCAAGAGAGAGCAGAAACUUUUCCAGCUUGGACAGGGAUACAUCAUGGAGGCAGGAUUACUCAAGGUUUCGCCAUUCUGGUUUUAGAACUUUGCAGGAGAUGUUUAUGGUGUACUUAGCGCUUACUCCAGCUUCUGCCGUUUGUUUAACU